GGCAUUUAUGCCUGCUAUGAACCGACGUGUACCGUGGCAUCGGGCGCCAACGUAACUUCACGCACUCAGGCUGGCAGUGGCAUUGUAUGAUGAAAUGAUGGCCUCUUGGUCUUGACCACGCUGCUUCAUAGUCGUACGCGCCCUCCUCUAGAUCUAGAAGUUGCCUUCUUGAGCUCGUCUUCGCCAGUAUAACUACCUACUUCGCCCUCGGCCAUGUCCGCGCCUCUCGACGAGGACGGCUCCAGUACGUAUCGUCGUGACGAGACGUUGUGGUUCGACGAUGGGAGUAUAAUCUUGAUCGCCGAAGAGCAUGGUUUUCGAGUUCAUCGCUCCAUCCUUUCGCGCCAAUCGACAGUCCUACGUGACAACGUUCGCCUCUCUCCAGCCUGAUGAAGAACAUGGCUGUCCGGUGGUCACGCUGCCUGACGAGGCAACUGACCUUCGUAACCUCCUCUCAAUGAUAUACAACCGGCGAUUUGGUGACGACACGUGGCGGUCCGAAUACUCAACAUAUGACCAGGAAUUGGACGUUGCCACAGGUGUCGUUUUCCUGGCCAACAAAUAUGGCAUGGACAGAUUGUACUGCGAAACCAUCUCGUGGUUGCAAGACAUAUUUCCUACCAAGUUUCAGCAAUUCGAGCCCGGGUCACGCUUUCGGCAUACGGUUCUGGCGCGGCCAAAGGGCGGAGGCCCUGCAUGCCUGAUACGACUCACCAACGUCGCAAGGUCCAGUCAAACACCCGAGUUGACUGCCAUGCUGCCCUUCCUCUUCUAUCUAGGUGCGCAACUAGACGUGGUCGAAUUACUCGAUGGGUCACCUCGGACGGAUGGCACGAUGGAACGGCUGCAGCCUCGUGACAUGACAAUCUGCGUCGAGGGCACAGUAGCCCUCAUUGCCGCAAAUUCGUCCGCCACUCGCUGUUUUCUCGCCGGUGAGGGCAAUCUAGGUUCUGCAUGUAGGAGCCGCGGGGCGUGUUACACGUCCAUGUCUCUGGUAGUUGGGGACGGGUUGAAAGAGGAUUUCUUCGCGAACUCGGAUCCGCUGCGAGAUGUGACCCAAUGGUUGAAGCAAAGGAAUUACAAUGGGCGACUCUGUGAUUCAUGUGUAGCGCAUUUACUUGACAAGCAUAAGAAAGCACGAGAGAAAAUCUGGACCAAUCUGCCCUCCAUACUCCGUCUUGACAUAGCGUAAUGGCGUAUAUAUCAAAACUUUUACAUUUCGU